GCCUGAAGCAACCUCUCACUCUCACCUCAUAUCUGAGUCUCAAGACAUCGUCACCAACCUCUUUCAACCAGCUAUCAGAACUAUAAGCCUGGUCGGCACUUUAACCCCAAAAACAACCACCAACUCAUCGGAAUCUCUUCAAAACCCCCAACCCCCCAACCGCCAACAUGUCGCGCAUCACUGCCCCCGUCGCAAAGCUCACCCGCUCCAUCAACUCCGCCGCCACGGCCCGCCGAUCCAGCGGCCUCCUCGAGUCCCACUACAACGUCAACCACGGCGCCGUCCUGAUGCCGAAAUACGCAGAGCUCCUCCAAAACCGGAGCACCCGCGAGCACGAAUCCGCCCGCACCCUAAGCACAACCCACCGCCCAACCCCCCAACCAACCCGGACCUCCCCCUCCGUCCGCCAAAUGCAAACCUUCUCCUCCGGCGCAUCAUCCUCUACCAACGCCGGCGGAAUGGACUUCACAAUCCUCCCCAUCUCCUACGACCCCGUCCCUAGAAACGAGUUCGCAGGCAUGCGCAUGCCCCUCCUCCCAGACUCCUUCACCACAAAACACCAAUCUCUCUACGAGCAGACCCCCGCCUCCGCCGCGGACGCUCUCCCGCUCAGCAAGCCUGAGAUCUCAAUCAUUGCCGCACACCCCGAAAACGUCACCACCGCCGCCGCUUUGACGGAGGUUGAGGGCUUCGGCGUGGACGGCGUGGAGCUGAAGUGGGCUCACGACAGCGAGGCUGCCGCCGAGACGGAGGCGCAUCAGCCCGGUUUGAGAGAUUUGUGGAAGGGUCUUGUUGAUAACGUUGUUGGGUCGUCGCAGAAGCCUGCUUUCUAAGAGAAGAAGAUUAGAAACGCUGUGUGCUCCGACGCAAGGGUUGGGAUGAUUGUUAUGAUGUGUGACUAAAGCAGCAAAGCGGAUGAUGUUACUUUCAACGUCAUGUAGUAUGUGGACUAGCUUUGGAAGCAGUCGAGACAAUUCUUUUUUUCAUUUAUCGUUGGUUUACAUGGUUUUAAUUGCGAUUCAGUUGGUAAGAACACCAACUUGACAUUCACAAUCGGGUACGACUAGCAUUUCAAAAAAUUCAAUGGCUCAAAUUUGGAUCUUGCUUGAGCAAAUCCAGCCCAAACUUCAA